AUGACGCCAGAUGACAGGCAGCGUAUGUGCGCUGCAGUGACAGAGGCUGGCCUGGAUUCUGCUGGGCUAGAUGAAGAGGACUUGGAGCUACUGUGGGCAGCCAAGUACCGGACCGCUGCGCGCCUGCGUGCAGCUACACGGGAAAAUCUCGUUCAAGCGCAUCUGGCGCCUGGCGUGGUGGAUGCCAUUCGGCAGGCCUUAGGCGCAGAUGCUGGCACCAGCAACACUGAUGCAGGCCUGCCAGCUUGCAAGCUGCAGCUCCGGCAAGACUUGCAGAACCAGGACCUGUUCUUCUUUGAGCCCAUGGACACUGUCAGCACUGCAGCUGCCACAAGUGCUGGCGUGAACAGCAUGUUCUUCCUGGACCCCGAGGGCAGGCAGAUAGCUGAGCUGAAGAAGUGGCUGGACCGUGCCGAGGAUGAGUACUGUAUGGGCAGACCCAUCCGGCCGCUGUCCAUCAACGGUCUGGUCAAGAGUGGCAAGUCCUACAUGCUCAACGAGGUUCUGCCUGCUGUGGCCAACACCUACUACAGCAGCAGUGGCAGUGGCCGGCAGCAUGCUGGCAUGGUGCUUUCAGAGCCCAACUUCCUGCGCGUGAACUGCUUGGGCUGUGAUCGCAGCAGCGGUGUCAGUGGCUUCCUUAAGGAAUUCCUUGCCGUACUCAAGUGGAGCGCCGCUGACCAGCGGCUCUCUGCUGCUGCCAGCACGCCUGCACCCAGCGACAACUCGGCUGUCGCUGCAGCGGGCGCCAUUCAGGACUUCAUGGAGCGGCUGCCACGGGACCGCCUGAACUUCCUGCUGAUUGACGAGCUCAACACUGGACUUGGACGAAGUGCAGCUCAUGCAGUGGUAAAUCAGCACAAGGUUUCCCUAACCGUGUUGUGUGAUCACAUGGGCGAGGAUGAGGGGCAAUGGCCAGUGAAACACGCCCAGGCGGAGCUUCACACGAGGGGGCAGAAGGCACUAAGGGGAGAUCGCUGCAAGAUUCAAUUGUACGACAUAAGCAUAUUGCACAAGGGGCAGAGCAUUUUCAAGGAACUCCUGCUGGACAGCCCCCACUGGGUCGCCUGGGCCGUCACGGGCAGUUCCAUGGCGACGCUAUGGGCCAACAUUGCAGUCACCCUGAGUUGUUUACACGUCUCCUUGCGGCGUGACAGUGUGUCAAGUCAAAAUAUCUCAUCAGCCAGCCAGUUGAAACUCUUUUGCAGCCAGUUUAAAAUGUUUCAGCAGCAUUUGCAUGUUUUGUCCUUUAUCGCACCCGGCUCACCACUUUGCUACCCUUCUGCUUUGCAUGUGCCCUUGCCGCUACUUCUGCUGCCUGGCCAGACCAACGAUUUUGUCCUAAUCACGUACCACUCCCAACUCAACCUGAGCCCCACGGUGUCCAAGGGUGUGCUGCAAGUGGCCUGGGAGCAGCUAAAGGCCCAGGCCGCGAGCUGGGAUCCGCCACUGCCAAGCGACCUGGUCUGGCAGUCACCACAGCAGAUCGCCAUGCUCGCCUACUUAUGCCAGGAGUGGAGUAAUGACGGGACGGCUAUCACAGCUGCAAAGCUGGUCGAGCAAACCCUGAGAGGAAAGUUCAUUCCCGAGGUGCUGGCGGACAUGCACAUGGUACUGCAAGUGCUGGGCCAGCCUACUUCACAGGUGCUGCUCCUGCGCAAGCUGCUGGACCCAAUGGCUGGAGUGGAGCACGCCAAGCUCCCGCUGGCGUUCGAGGUGCUGCUGGCCAACUUCACCACUGAGCGAAACGGCAGGCUGUAUCUGGAUAACCCGCUAUUUGCUCAGGUGCUGCAGGCGGCCACCACAGAGUCUGGAGAGUUGUUGGACUCAAUCACCUCCAUCCCGUCGCUCAGCUCCACAAUGUUCAGGGAGCUGGUUGUGCUCGGUGAGCGCUGCAAGGACAAGGACUUCGACAGCUACGAGGACCUGCACAGCCUCCUGGAAGCCAUGGCAUCUGCACUGGCGCUUACACCGGACAGGCUGCUGAAGGCGGACUGGUUCAUCCAGGUCCGGGACCACCACUGCAACAGCCGUGGCAGCAAGACCAAAUUUGAGCGGGAUGACAGGGCUCAGACUGAUGUCAAGGUUGGGCUUCGCUGGUUCCACAGGUUGCUGCGCAACAUCCUCUGCCACGGCCCCAUCCUGGAGCAGCAGAAGUUCCUGGAUGCCUACCCGCCAGAGAUGGCUGCGUUUCAUAGCAGUGGUCGCAUCAGCAUGGUGCUGACCAAGACAUAUGAAGCAUGGGGUGUGGGGCCAGGGAGGGCUGCGGGCAGCCACACUUGCACCGCGCCUGCAUGUGAAGCACUCACACUUUGCACUAUCUGCAGCAAUAGGGCUGCGGCUACCCUGGCAAGCACGGCCCUGCAGUUUUUUGGGCGGGGCCCCAGCAUGAAGCAUCCAGAAUCUCUGGGUGUCUGUCUGGUAUUUGUGUCUCUGGGUGACAUGAACACAUGA